CUGCAAGGUCUUCUGCUCUACCCGCCGCGGACCCUCCUCAAAAAUGGGCUUUCCGCCCUUAGCGGCGUCCUGUCGGUCGCUAGGUCGACAUCUGGGCUGGUCUGCACGGUCUCUGCGCUCGUUCCAUGUCUUUUCUCCCCGCUUUUCCCCAGUUCCGACUCCGAUUGCUCGUGCAGUUGCAGAUCCCAUAGUUGGGUAUACCCCCAAGGACGGUGAACAUGUCCUGAACUCCCCUUCUGAGCUUGCGAGGAAGAUCUCUGCAAAGGUUUUACCGAAGCUACCUCGACCGGACGUGCAAAAGGUUCUUAUCGUCGGCAGCGGUGGUCUCAGCAUUGGCCAGGCUGGUGAAUUCGACUACUCUGGCUCUCAGGCGCUAAAGGCACUUCGGGAGGAAGGCGUCGACGCAGUGCUCAUUAACCCGAACAUCGCGACGUGGCAGACGUCGCAUGAGUUGGCUUCGGAGGUGUACUUUUUGCCUAUCACUGCGGACUACGUUGCAUACGUCUUGGAAAAGGAACGGCCGGAUGGAAUUCUGCUUACUUUCGGUGGUCAAAGUGCAUUGAACGUCGGUAUUCAGCUGGAUCGCAUGGGCGUGCUCGAGCGGCUCGGUGUGCAAGUACUCGGCACGCCUAUCAGGACUCUGGAAGUCAGUGAGGACCGAGAUCUCUUUGUACAGGCGCUGAAAGAGAUCGACAUCCCGGUUGCGCAAUCAACGGCGGUAUCUUCGGUCAAGGACGCGUUAUCCGCUGCUGAAAAGAUUGGUUAUCCUGUCAUUUUGCGGUCCGCGUACGCUCUAGGAGGUCUUGGAUCUGGUUUCGCGAACGACCCGGAUGAACUCCGUGACCUCGCGGCGAAGAGUCUUAGUCUAAGUCCUCAGGUCCUGAUCGAACGCAGUAUGAAAGGCUGGAAAGAACUGGAAUACGAAGUCGUCCGUGAUGCUGCUGAUAACACCAUCAUCUGCUGUAACAUGGAGAACUUUGAUCCGCUCGGCAUCCACACCGGUGAAUCGAUCGUCGUCGCGCCUUCUCAGACUCUUCCGGACGACCAGUACCAUAUGUUGCGUACUGCUGCGUUGAAGGUUAUCAGGCAUCUCGGCGUCGUCGGCGAGUGCAACAUCCAAUACGCGCUCAGCCCUCACUCUAUGGAGUACUGUGUCAUCGAAGUCAACGCUCGGUUGAGUCGGUCCAGUGCACUGGCGUCCAAAGCAACGGGCUACCCGCUUGCUUACACGGCUGCUAAAAUCGCGCUUGGGCACACGCUCCCGGAGCUCCCCAACGCGGUGACGAAGACGACCACGGCAUGCUUCGAGCCCUCGCUGGACUACAUCGUCACGAAGAUCCCGAAGUGGGACUUGGCGAAGUUCUCGUCGCAGGUUGACCGCCACAUCGGGUCGUCCAUGAAGUCCGUCGGUGAAGUCAUGGCUAUUGGACGGACGUUCGAGGAGAGUCUGCAGAAGGCGAUUCGCCAGAUCGACCCGCGGUACAAGGGCUUCGAGGCUUAUGUCAAGCCGGAGGAUCUUGAUGAUGCACUGACUAACCCGACGGAUACGCGGCUGUUUGCGAUUGCGUACGCCAUGUUCCACAAGAAUUACACCGUAGAUCAGUUGCACGACCUGACCAAGAUUGACAAGUGGUUCUUAUACAAGCUGGACAACAUCGUUCAGACCGUCUACGCUCUGAAGACGGCGGGCUCGAUCGAGAACCUGGACAAGGAGAUCAUCGAGCGCGCGAAGAAGCAAGGUUUCUCGGACUCGUACAUCGCAGACCUGGUGUCCUCGUCGGAAGACGCCAUUCGCGCGCACCGUAAGUCCUUCGGCAUCACGCCCUUCGUCAAGCGGAUCGACACGCUCGCCGCCGAAUACCCUGCGCACACCAACUACCUGUACACUACGUACAACGCCUCCGAGCACGACAUCGAGUUCGACGAGCACGGCACGAUGGUGCUUGGCAGUGGUGUGUACCGUAUCGGGAGCAGCGUCGAGUUCGACUGGUGUGCCGUUACUUGCGCGCGGCAGCUCCGGCAGAUGGGGAACAAGACCAUCAUGGUGAAUUACAACCCGGAGACGGUGUCUACCGACUUCGACGAGGCGGACCGGCUGUAUUUCGAAGAGCUUGGUUUCGAGCGCGUUAUGGAUAUCUAUGAGCUCGAGCAGGCUCGUGGUGUUGUAGUCAGCGUCGGAGGCCAAUUGCCGCAGAACAUCGCUCUUCGCUUGAAGCACAACAAUGUCAACGUACUUGGUACUGACCCCGAGAAGAUCGACUCGGCUGAGGACCGGCACAAGUUCUCGUCCAUCCUGGAUAGCAUCGGCGUCGAUCAACCCGAGUGGACGGAAGUAACGAGCGUAGAUGCCGCUAAGGAGUUCGCUCGCAGAGUUGGGUACCCUGUUCUGAUUCGCCCGUCCUACGUUUUGUCUGGCGCAGCUAUGAACGUCGUUUACGAGGAAGCCGCACUUGACUAUAAUCUCUCGGCCGCCGCGGACGUAUCUCCGUUACAUCCUGUCGUUCUCACCAAGUUCAUUGACAACGCCCAGGAAAUCGAUGUUGACGCCGUUGCCCACAAGGGCCGCUUACUGGUUCAUGCGGUGUCUGAGCAUGUCGAGAAUGCUGGUGUUCAUUCUGGAGAUGCCACAUUGGUCCUCCCUCCGUUCAGUCUGUCAGAGUCGGAGAUGGCUCGCUUGAAGGAGAUCGCGCAGAAGGUCGCUGCCGCCUUCGAAAUUUCUGGGCCCUUCAAUAUGCAGAUCAUCCGCAAGGACUCUGACGUGGAGGGCCAGGAGUCGCAACUGAAGGUCAUCGAGUGCAACCUUCGCGCAUCCCGGUCGUUCCCCUUCGUGUCCAAGGUUCUCGGCCAAAACUUUGUCGAGAUUGCCAGUGCUGCAAUCGCUGACCAGAACGUACCUGAGCCGGUCGACCUCAUGGCUCAGAAGCGUGACUAUGUCUGCAUAAAGGUGCCCCAGUUCUCCUGGACUCGUUUGCCGGGUGCCGAUCCUUUCCUUGGUUGUGAAAUGGCCAGUACGGGCGAAGUGGCGAGUUUCGGCAAGGAUAUCCACGAGGCUUACUGGGCGGCUCUACUGAGCACUACCGGUUUCAAAGUGCCCUCCGCUCAGUCCGGUAUCCUCAUCGGCGGCGACGUGACUCAGCCGGAGAUGCGGUACGUCGUCGAGGGUCUCCAAGACUUGGGCUUCAAGCUGUACUGUUCCUCGCGAGAGGUUGAAGAGUUCUUCAACGACUUGCCGUAUGUCUCGGUGAAGCGCAUCUUCUUCCCUACGAAGGACAAGCGUAAGCUGCGCGAAGUCUUUGAUGAAUACGACAUCCAAUGCGUCAUUAAUCUGGCUAAGUCCCGGGCCACCAGUGCUACUGACGAAGAUUACGUUGCCAGACGAAACGCGGUCGACUUCGGUCUACCGUUAAUUAACAACGCGCGGUGUGCGAAGCUGUUCGUCGAGAGCUUGGGCAAGAAAAUACCACAAGGUGGUUUGCGUCGAUAUAGAGAGGGACGGAUACCUUCUGAAGUCCGUUCCUGGCGAGAGUUUGUGGGUAAAAGAGCUUGAAUUGUACAACCAUCUAGACGUGAGAUCCUUCGAGGAUCAGGCGAGUAUCUUGAUAAAUUUAAAGUAUUGUAAAAAGUAUAAUAUAGCUUUUGAUAUUGAUGUCAUUGCGGAACGAGGUCUUCGGCAGUACGGAGCUCGGACUCCUGGAGCGGGAGCACCGUGAGUGAUCGGGAGAGGUCAUGAGCUCUGCACUUUCGGUCGAAAGCGAAUCUCUGCUUUAGGGACGGGUCAAGGUCGUCAGUAACAGCGUCUGCCACGAGACUGCCAAUGACGGGGAGGAACUUGAACGCGUGACCACUCCCGCCGGUUGCAAACAUGAGUCCUUGGUCUCCGGGAUAGUACCCUAUGACCCAGUCCUCGUCCGGGGUGUCAUUAUACCAGCACAGGCGUGUUCCGCUGAAUGGUUUAUCUGCAAGCUCGGGAUAUACAGCCCGAAGAUGCUCUCGGAGAGCCUUCGCCAUAGCCUUAGGUAUCCGCAAACCAUCGACGCCGUGCGAUCCUAUAGUCCGCGGGGUUGAAAUGGGUGUUGUAGACUGGGGCGUCGGUUCAAAGUUGGCGUAGCCACCGGCGUGAAUCGCCAUCUUGAGAAUAUAGUCAUCGUUCGGUGGAAAGACGUAAAAGCCGGACUUGAAAUCGAGUACGACGGGACAGUCGUUGUACUUGAGUGCUUCUUCUGCCGUGAGUUGGAUGGUCGCUACACUCUGUCCAGUUGCAAUAAAUUUGUCCCCAAGCUGGACUUCAGGGAAACUAGAGGCCGUCCAAGAUCCGGUAGCCACUAUGACUAAGUCGGCCCGUAUGGUGGUUCCAUCGUUGAAUUCUACGCCUGAUGUUCUUCCAUUCCCCUGCAGGAGCCUCUUCGCCGUUUUACCACGCAAGAUCCGCCCGCCCAAGGCUAAAACCUUGGAGACCAUGAGGGAGGUCCCUUUCGUAGCAUUAGCCCACCCUCCGUCGGAGUUCAGGUACCCCGAAGAUGUUUCGCUGAAGCUUGUCUUGAUACUGGGCGGGAAUGCGGAACGCAGUCCAUCUGCAUCGGAGAAAUUCGUGAUGCGUGCACCCAUAGUGACGUCGUUGUCAUAUGCUGAGUCGCAGUAAGAGCUUUCGCCCGUGCCCAGAACUAGCACACCGGAUUCAUGGUAAGUGUCGCCCCAUUCGCUCUGAUCCUUCCAGGCGGCUAUAGCCUCGCGGGCAAACCGAGCAUAGAAGGGUUCUGAAUAAGAGCUGCGGACAAUUCUGUUGAAGUCUGUGCUAGCACCAUCAGGGGCAGGCAAGACAGUGGAUCGGUCCACCACCGUCACCG